AUGAUGUUUUUGCCUUACCUUAAUUGGUUGUGGGCAACUGGAUUGGAAUUGGAUUUAGUCAAUUUUACCAUAGUCCUUAGAAUCGCCAUGAUCUUCUUACUUUUCUCCCUCCCUUUUGCUCUAAACCCAAUCGCUUCCUUCAAUCAACAUCAGAAAGGGUCACCCCAUCGAUUUCAUACAUCAAAUCGAUCCAAGAUUAUUCUUCUUCCCCACUACUAUGUGUUCUUCCGCGGACAACAAAAUCUUGGUGGUUCUUGGGUUCUGCUGCUGCUCUUUCUAAGUGUACCUUAUCUCUGCCUCACUACCAACUGGGCUCUUCUCCAUCGUCAUUCCCCACAAACUCAUCCGCCUUCAAUCUCUCACGUGACUUAUGUUGUGCGAAGAAGUGAAGAACACCAACAAGGCAAGCAAUCAGGUCAUCAACCCUCUUUGAUCUCUCUAUCUCGACGGUGUUUAAACAAGUGGAAGGGAUUGAAGAAAUUUAUGAAUCCUUCAAGCACCAGUAAGAAGGGACUACAACAUCAAAUCCUCUAG